AUGGCAUCGCCGCGAGAUCACGAUGCACAGAGUUUUCAUCUGGUCGACCGCGGUGCGUCACUGCUCUUCUGGACUGCAGGUGUGCAGGCCUCCAGCUCGCGCGCUGCACGUCCAGGCGCAAGCGAGCUAUCGUCUGGCUCGGCACCAGCACCGUUUCAGAGCACGAGGGCAAGGAGCCCGUCAGGCCCGUGGACUUGGGGCAUUUUGUUGCUGACCAAGGCGUGCACGCCGCCUCCCCGCCCGCUGAGGAGACUGGCACGCUGGGACGCUGCGUGCGAGCAGCACAAAGCCUCGCUCCCCUCCUGUCCUCUGCAUUCACUGCCGCUGCAUUCUCCCUAUUUGUCCCUGCCUGCGGCGUCUGUAUUGGCCGUCCCGCCUGCAUUAAGCGCCUGUGCGGUGUUGGUGGCUAUUCAUAACGCAUGGAAUUUCACCCCCUCGCCGCCCAAUCACCGCCCUGCCGCCCAGCCUGCCCAUCUCCACCCUCCAGCAGCCAACGCCAACACCUCACGCACCGUCUCGUCUCCCAUCACCGUCCAGCUGCGACCCUCUAUCCAUCAGCCAGCAGAUAUACCCCCUCCGCCGCCGCCAAAGCCUCGCCCUCUGCCUCUCCCCGCCGCGCUGAGCCUCCACCCACGCCCCGUCGGCCUUCACCUGAGCGCUCUCGCCACACGCGCACUUGCCCGACCCGAGCGCCCCUAA